AUGUCGAUCUCAAGGUGGUUUAAAAAAACCUCAUUUACCCAAGGGCCGUCGGAUGAAACUAAACCAAAAGAGGCUCCUGCCGCGGAAUCCUCACCACUCUCCGAGCCACCCUCAUCUUUUGUGUUUGACCAGCUCUCCCCCUCAUCUGAGCAGGAUGCAGAUGCCCAGCUGAGAGCUGCGAUCUUCCUGUCGGCCCAGGAAAGUGCUUCGAAGCAUGCGGACAACGAAAGCUUCCAAACCUUAGCAUCUGAAGGCACCACUUCUUCGCAGCGUGUCAUUAAAAACGGCAAAGAGACUGUGAUCAGCUCUGACGGAGAAGACACCGACUCUGACGACUUUCUAGAGGAUCCAGCCUCCCUCUUCACCCGGGGGUUAAAAAACAACGUUGCAAAAGCCCCCGCUCCAGCCAAACCAGUGACUUCUCCUAAGAAAUGGAAGUACAAUCUGGACGCUCUUGUCCAUGAUGCAGUGGAUGAUAAUGAGGUGGAAGCAACUGUCCAUCGAUUCAGAUCCAACAUGUCUAAAAAGCCGUCAAAGGGCCCUACUACCCUUGGAACCAGACUGGAUGAAAACAGGUUAAUCGAAGCGCUCGGCCACAAAGAAGAUGGCCCUCAACCCCACCGGGUGCUCAACGCCAUCAGGAGAACCAAUGCUCUCGAUUAUGAUCGCAACUGGCUCUUCUUUGAUGGCACACAAACGUUGCCCCCGGCCCCCGAAUUCCCACAUCAUAUUUGUCCGCCCGGGUCCACGAUGGAGAUUUUGAGCAACCCUGGAGCGCGUGAACGUCUGAUUGUUUCCGGAGACUUCAUCCCAAUAGCUUUGUCCAAGGGGCUCUUAUCAGACGACAUCGUUAUGUGGAUGUUUCAUUCCAUUCCUUAUGAGCGACGAGAUGAGAUAAGUAAUGCUUAUUGCCGAGUCAUAAAGUCUGUGGACUCACAGCGCCUGGGGCUGAUGAUCCGUCGAGCGGAUGUCGAUGAGGUCUUUGAGCGACUGGGGGCCAGAAAGUCUGCUUUGGAUCCGUCGCACAAGAUCGCACCGAUGAGCCACCAUGAAAUCACCAAUGCUCCCAAAUUAACGAACCAUGUACCAUUCGUUUCAGUCCUCAAGAUGUUCCGGGAAAUUAUCUCCUCGCUGGCCGAGGACACCAGGGAGCACGUAAUACUUUUACUGCUGCGUAUGGCGGUUGAUAGCUCUCUGACGGCAGAUCCAGUGGUAUCUUCGGAACUUCAGUGGACCAUCGAUGCUGUAUUGGACCCUGAGACCUUUUCGCAAACUGAUCCUAAUGAUGCCCUGCGCCGAGUGUGCUCUACAUUCUACAAUACAGUUGACGACGUCUGCAUCCAAAGUCGAAUCGGCAGUCAUAUCUUGCCCUCGUCUCCCUGGCUUGCACAGCUACGGUGUCGGCUGGCCAUUUCAUUUUUGUUGCAAAGUUCUGACCCUCUGUCCGAAACACCUGAAACAUUGCUUGAUCUGAACCGCAUCACAAACUUAUUGGCCCACGAUGAACGAUUCCAAGUAAAACGAUUCCAGGGCAAAGCUGACUACGACUGGAGAGAGCUCAUGGCCCUCGCCGCUCUUCUCAGCAUUGUGAUCGAUUCUUCAGCGUUGGAAGUCAAUUACAGGAGAAAUCGCACAGAGAAAGACUUCAACGCUGACAUUGACAAGUUAGCGAGUCAGAUUAAGAAUAUCUACUGCUCGAUUCAAGUCUCGGGUGCAUCUCAUAUGACCCUGACGCUAGCGAGGGGGGACCUUGAGGCUUUGCAUUAUCGAAUUCUCUACUCUGUCAGGUCAAAGCCACCGCAGAAGAAGACUCUGUUUGAAUCCCAUGUGAACGACAAUGAGGAUAUUCGAAACAUGUGGAACAAAUACGUCACGAAAGAUGCUGGCGACACGGGCAUUCCAAUUCGCUAG